AUGGCCUUUGCAGCCACCCUGGCUGAGCUCCAGGCAGAGGCCAGCUGUCCCAUCUGCCUGGAUUACCUGAGAGACCCAGUGACCACUGAGUGUGGGCACAACUUCUGUCCCUCCUGCAUUCACCAGCGCUGGGAAGGUCUACAGGACACCUUUCCCUGUCCUGUCUGCCUCCACUACUGCCCUGGCAGGAGCUUGAAGAGGAACACCCAAUUAUGUCACAUAACUGAGAUUGUUCAGCAGAUUCCAGGCAUGAGGGGAAAGAGGAAAAGGCAAGAGGAACCCCUGUGUAAGAAGCACCAUGAGGGUCUGGCCCUGUUCUGUGAGAAGGACCUGCAGGUGCUGUGUGCCCAGUGCAGGGUGUCAUCCAACCACCAGGAUCAGCCUCUGAUCCCCAUUGAGGAAGCUGCAGCUAGUCACAGGGGGAUGCUCAGAAGUUACAUUGAGUUCCUGACUAAUCACCUUGAAGAUGCUAAAAUGGAACAUGAAAACCAAGUUGCAAAACUUUUGAAGUGA